AUGGCGGGUGAAGCCAAUGAUUUGUUGUUGCGCUUGGAAGCCUUCAGUUGCUAUCUCUUGCUGCUGCAUUUGGAGUUUCUGGGGUUCGCUGCUCAGGAACUUGAGAAGUGCCAGAUCCGGGACAAGCACAAGGACACCCAGGGCUUGCCGAAAGUGCCGGAGCAGCACUUGACGUCCAUAGACCUUGCUCUUCGGGACUUCUAUGCUGGGCACACGACGUCGUCGUCGUCCUGGCGCCAAUCUGCGGCGCAGCUGGGCGGACGUGACGUGACCAUUUGCAGGUGGCUCAUCGACCGAUACCUGCGCGAAGCCGAUGAAGCCGAUGGCGAUGCAACGACUCCGGAGCGCUGGGAGGAGGUCAGAUCCAUGGUGGCGUCUUGUGCAUCCAGGAUGCUGGCAGAGUGCCAACAUGAGGCCAUCUAUACGAGCAGUGCUGCGGAACGCCUGUUGCAACAACUGGGGCAUGUGGCAUCAGUAGACCCGGGCAAGUCUGGAAGCGACACUCAGGUGGCGGCGUUGCAGCUCCUCUCACGGCUGCGGCGCUACGGAAACCGCUCCGCACAUGAGGCAGCGCAAGGCUAUCAGAUGCAAUUCCGUGCAGCUGCUCGCCAUGCCAAAGAGAACGGCCUGGAAUCUGGCCUCCAGUUGGCGAAGACCUUGAUCCAUUGGUCGGCACCUCCCAUCAUUGCAGGCAGCCGCGCCGCCACCCAACUGGGCCGUGGCAUGACCGUGGCGCUGAAGGCCUGCAGUUCCAAGGGCGAAACAGAGAAGAUGGGCCUGGACCUUGAAGUGCUCGUGCCAUGGUUGCGUGAUGCUGGAUGUCCUUUACCAGGCCCAGCUGCGCAAAAGCUGGCAACGCAACUGGCCGAGGAUUUUGGUCUCUUAGGUCAAAGCAUUACAGCUCACCCACAGAAGAGGCCGCGGCCUUGGCGCUUGACUGCUCCUGCUGGUGUUUGGCCGCUGGUCACUGCGCUGCAAGCCAUUGGCAGCCGGAUUCCGCGCAGUAACAGCUGGCAGGCGAAGUUGCAGGAGACUGCCAAGCGUCGCCUGGCCAAACGCCGACCGGCGCAGCAGCCGGUUCCGCCGGUUCCGCCUGCGGCCACGGCGGCCACGGUGACGUGGCUGGCGCCGUUGGAAAAGAAGAGUCCAGAAGCUACAGUCAAGCGGAAGAGAGACGAAAAGCCCAGGUCCACCGCGCCCCGGGUGCAAGUUCCGCAAGCGCCUCAAGCUGCGCCUGCCAAGCGCAAAUGGCAGCUAAAGGAUGAGUGA